AUGUCUGAAAAUAAUUUAUUAUUUGUUGGCACUUUCGCGUCGGCGAAAUCUUUAAAUGAUUUAUCUAUAUUCGGUGGAUAUUUAGCUGUGGAAAAUGGAAAGAUAACCAGAAUAGGUAGUGCAAAGGAUUAUGAGGCUGAACAAAAGACUGGAGCGUUUGCGAACUUCAAAAUUAUCCAGCUCAAUGAGGACCAGUUCGUCAUACCAGGUUUCGUGGACUGCCACACGCACGCCCCGCAGUUCCCCAACAUUGGGCUGGGUCUGGACCGGCCCCUACUCGAAUGGUUGGCAAAGUACACGUUCCCGCUAGAAAGUCGUUACGGCGAUACGAAUUUCGCGGCAAAAGUGUACGAUACAGUCGUGAAAAGACUACUAAACAAUGGCACCACAACCACUUGCUACUUCGGUUCAUUGCACCUGAACGGGACCCUGGAACUAGCGAAGAGUGUCGCCAAGCACCACCAGAGGGCGCUAGUGGGCAAGGUCAGCAUGAAUCUCAAAAACGAAGCGGGUUACUACAACGAAACCGCUAAGGAGCUCGCGGAAGUCGAAACUUUCAUCAAAAACGUGUUGGAUAUGAAGAAUGACUUAGUGCAACCAGUGAUUACUCCAAGAUUCGCAGUAAGUUGCGAUAAAGAACUGAUGAGCGGACUUGCAGAUAUAUCAGACGCUUACAACUGUCUAAUUCAGAGCCAUAUUUCAGAGAACCAAAGUGAAGUAGAGUAUGUGCUACAAAUUUUCCCACAGUGCAAAAAUUACGCUGACAUCUACGACAACAGCCGCAUUCUGAAUAACAGGUGCAUAAUGGCGCACGCGAUACACUUGUCCGAUGAAGAGAUAAAGACGCUCGCAGAGAAGGGCGUGUCCGUCGCGCACUGCCCCGCAUCCAACACGCGGCUCAAGUCGGGCCUGUGUCCCGUUAGGAAAUAUAUUAAUAACAAACUCAUCGUUGGACUGGGGACUGAUGUAUCGGGAGGCGACGGGUCAUCGAUCCUGGAAGCGAUGCGCCGCACAAUGGAUGUGUCGAUGCAUUUAGAGCUACAGGGCCACGAGAAGGCGUCACUCAGCUGGACGGAGGCUUUCUACCUCGCCACGCUUGGAGGGGCCAAAGCAUUAAGACUGGAAGAAAAGAUAGGCAGUUUCGAAGUGGGUAAAGAGUUCGAUGCGCUUGUCAUAGACACGUACGCUCAAGAUGGGCCCAUAGACAAGUAUGAACACUCAAGCGCUGCCAUUGAAGAUCGCGCAACAAGCCUUCUUGAAAAGUUCAUAUACUUGGGUGACGACAGAAACAUUGCACAAGUUUACGUGAACGGCCGCAAAGUCAAAAAUAUUACCAUGAAAUGA